AUGAAGUUGGCACAAGAUAUAUUCAUGCUGGAGAACCAAAUUCCGCUUAUUCUGUUAGAAGAAAUCCAGAAAGCUAUCCAAGCCGAACCCACUUGUGCUAAUGACAAAGGGAAAAUACCGUUGUUACUUUCCGAUUAUGUCAAAAAAUGGUCAGUUUUCGAUGAUGCUCAAGUCAUUUAUGAUUUCUGCAAGACACACUCUCCGCUUAAAUUGAUGGAGUUCAGGUUAUAUGGGUUUGAACACAAACUUGUUCAUCUGCUGGAUUUUAUGUACCAUUUAAUUGUUAACUGUCGGAAACCUGUGGUAGAGCCUCCGCCUCCAAUUAUCAUGUCUGCUUCUGAAUCUGUUGAUUUUUUGGGGAACACACAAAAAAUUCUGCAAAUCUCCAGUUCUUUAGGUAUUGGAGGUCCUGCUGUACAAGCAAUUCAGAAGCAUAUCCAGUUCGUUCAAGCAUUGCCAUGGGAGAACAUUCGUUCUCUAUUUCAAAAAACUGAUAUUGACGGAAAUCAAAGUCCAGUUGACGAGAUCGAGAUUCCUUCAGUGUCGAGCCUUCAAAAUAUUGUUGGAAUGAAGUUCAGCAUCACAGAAGGGGGCAUCAGGGGCAUCGAAUUCGACGAGAAAACACUUACUUUCCACCUCCCUGUAAUAACUCUGGAUGAUAAUUCGGAAGUUAUAUUAAGAAACUUGGUGGCUUAUGAAGCUUUGUCCAUGUCAGUUGGGUCUACCCUUAUGCUUGCAGAAUACGUUGAUUUGAUGUGUGCGAUUAUAGAUACUGCAGAGGACGUGAAGAUCCUGCAGGAACAGGGAAUCAUCGUCAUCAAAGACGGCAUUCUGCGAUAUCUAUGGCUGUAG